UCUUUUUGACUUUUCCUACGUUGGCCAGGCUGUUUGCUUUUGCGAAGGAGCAAAACCCUGUGGAAGUGUGUGUCUUCUGCAACAGAAAACUGAAAGUCCAAAGAAAAGAGGUUGAAUUGGAAGCUUUGAUUAUGAUUAUUGAAAUAUGAAUACUCGGUUUCUUCUAUGAUCGAUCCCAAUUCCGCACAGAAUAAGGAAAGUGAGUGAAAAAUCAAAUCAGAAUAAUCGAUGGGUAAUUUGUUCGUGAAGAAGCCAAAGGUAACAGAUGUCGACAAAGCAAUCCUCGCACUCAAGACCCAGAGACGCAAGCUCGCCCAAUAUCAACAGAAGCUUGAUGCUGUUAUUGAAGCAGAAAAGCAAGCUGCACGAGAAUUGAUUCGUGAAAAGAAGAAGGAUAGGGCGUUGUUAGCAUUAAAGAAAAAAAAGGCACAAGAAGAAUUGUUGAAGCAAGUUGAUACCUGGCUUAUAAAUGUCGAGCAACAAUUAGCAGAUAUUGAACUGGCAAGCAAGCAGAAGGCUGUGUUAGAAAGUUUGAAGGCUGGUAGCGAUGCAAUGAAAGCCAUACAAAGUGAGAUAAACAUUGAAGAUGUUCAGAAACUUAUGGACGAUACUGCUGAGGCUAAAGCUUAUCAAGAUGAAAUUAAUGCAAUAUUGGGGGAGAAGUUAUCAGCAGAAGACGAGGAGGAGAUUUUAGCAGAAUUUGAGGACUUGGAAACCCAGCUUACAGUCCAGGAUCUUCCUGAAGUUCCUACAGUUACUGAAGAAAUCAGCGAAAAGUUGGACCUUCCUGAUGUACCAACUAAAGCACCAGUUGCCAGUGAUGCUGAAGUAUCUACAAAAAGAAAAGUUAUGGAGGAACCAUUGGCAGCUUGAAGAACUGUGUCCCAAAACAAGUCAAUUGUUUUGCAAACCGAGGUGUACAAUCUGGCCUUCGUAUCUGCUUGUAUCCUUACAAAUUCUGUUGCAAAUUUCAUGCAGUUACUGGAGUUUGAUUGGUUUACUAUUUGCAGUAAUACGUAAUUUGUACAGAUUUGCUUAUACAAUACAUCAAUUUUAACAUGAAUUACAGACUGAGGAAAACAUAUUUUUGUCUCUCCCCCGCUUAAGACAAAACUUGUCAAUUAUAAUAUUGACCAAUUAUAGCGUCAAGGAUUACAUACUGACGUUGAUCCAUACUUUAUGUAAACUUAGCAUGAAUUUGAAUCAGCAUUAAGAUUUGAU